AUGGACGCCCCACCCUUCACACAAACACCUUUCAGCGGGCAGGCGGCUCCAGACGAGGCCCCCACCCCUCGCCCAACUUCGGAUUACUUCCAAUUUUUCUACUUCCAUGCCAAGAAUGUGAUCGAGUGCCUGAAUGUCGUCCCAUUCCUCAAGGAGUCGGAGAGUCUCCGCGUGCUCUUCUCUCUGCCAGUAUCCGACCCCACUGAGGGCACCCCAACAAACCCUAUCGUUCUUGAAGGCACAUCCAGGGGCAUGCUGCAGGCGCUAGCCAUUUAUGUGAACAACUAUGGCUGGAGUGACGAUGUCUUGGACAAGGUGUCACUGGUGCAUAUCUUGCACUUUGGCCACAUGUGGGGGGCCAAAAAACCCUUGACUUGGGCUAUCAAGAAGCUCGAGCUCUUGCAGAUCUCUCCAGCAAGGAUGCUUGAGCUCGCUGGCCACUACAAUGUCAAGCAGUGGGUCAAGCCUGCAACGAGGGCGCUUCUUGACACCCCUUUGAAGCGCUAUACCACUGAAGACAAGCUUACUUUGGGGUUGGAGAUCUUCUCCAUCAUUGCUGAAGCACAAGAGGAGCUGGAGUAUGUUAUGAAGUACGUAGCUACCAUCCCUCCUCCCCUUCUCAAGGAAACAGCCACUCGCAGCCUCCUGUGGUGCCCCCACCAUGCUCAUUGUGUAGUAGCCUGGGCCGAGGGAUGGUGGCUGGACAUUGCCCGCCGCCUUGUUGAUCCAGAGAAGCCUCUUUCGUUCUUCAGGAUCACUGACCAGCUUGAGGUCACACAGUUCCCUGGGAUGCGCGACAAGUGCUGCAAGGACGCCAUCGCGUUCCUCCGCGAGCACCCGAGCGCCUUCUCCGGCCACUAUACUGUCUCCCAGCGCACCGUUGAGCGUGACGGCAGCUUCCUCCCACCUGCUGACGAGCUUGCACAAGACCCGAGGGCACCGCAUUCCGACUGGUUCCCUUUGCCAGAGGCCGAGCGUGAUGCUGGCAUCUUUAUCAAUGGCGACGACGAGAUCCAAGCGGCCCAGGACAUUUUGGGUGAAGACUUCGACUACGACGCUGAUGACGACAAUAACAGCAUAGAUGUCUAUUGCGAAGCCCUGUUCCGCAUGGAGAGCUUCCUGAAUGCACAGGCAAGCGAGGUAUCAGAAGAGGAGUCAGAUGACUUGUAA